GCCCCACAUGACCCCAGGUCAAGCGAGGCGGGAAUCGGAGUUUGCGGCUGCUGGGUCUCUUGGCGUGCGUUCUUCAGCUUUUGGGUCUGCACCUCUGAGCCGGCCCGUACCCUCCGGGGGAACCGGACGCCCUCGAGGCCGGAAGUGCUCCCGCCAGCAGCUAGCAGCGUGUGUUCCCAACUUUUCGGGCCUCUCGUGGCGUCCGCUUCCCGGCUUGCCCAGCUUCCGCCUGAGGUUAAUCCUGCUCCUGGCGCUGAGAUACGAAACGUGGUGCAAACAUGUCCCAGAUCGAAAAGAUGAGCAUUCUGGGCGUGCGGAGUUUUGGGAUAGAGGAUAAAGAUAAGCAAAUUAUCACUUUCUUCAGCCCACUCACAAUUUUGGUUGGACCCAAUGGGGCGGGGAAGACGACCAUCAUUGAAUGUCUAAAAUAUAUUUGUACUGGGGAUUUCCCUCCUGGAACCAAAGGAAAUACAUUUGUUCAUGAUCCCAAGGUUGCUCAAGAAACAGAUGUUCGAGCCCAGAUUCGCCUGCAGUUUCGGGAUGUCAAUGGAGAAGUGGUGGCUGUGCAGAGGUCUAUGCUUUGCAGUCAGAAAAGCAAAAAAACAGAAUUUAAAACCCUGGAAGGAGUCAUUACUAGAAGAAAGCAUGGUGAAAAUGUCAGUAUCAGCUCCAAAUGUGCAGAAAUCGACCGAGAAAUGAUAAGCUGUCUUGGGGUUUCCAAGGCUGUGCUAAAUAAUGUCAUUUUCUGUCACCAAGAAGAUUCUAACUGGCCUUUAAGUGAAGGAAAGGCCCUGAAGCAAAAGUUUGAUGAGAUUUUUUCAGCAACAAGGUACAUUAAAGCUUUAGAUACACUUCGGCAGGUACGUCAGACACAAGGCCAGAAGGUAAAAGAGUGUCAAACAGAAUUGAAAUAUCUGAAGCAAAAUAAAGAGAAAGCUUGUGAGAUUCGUGACCAGAUUACUAGUAAGGAAGCCCAGUUAGCAUCUUCACAGGAAAUUGUCAAGUCCUAUGAGAAUGAACUUGAGCCUUUGAAGAAUCGUCUGAAAGAAAUUGAACACAACCUCUCUAAAAUAAUGAGACUUGACAAUGAAAUUAAAGCCUUGGAUAGUCGAAAGAAACAAAUGGAGAAAGAUAACAGUGAAUUAGAACAGAAAAUGGAAAAGGUUUUUCAAGGGACUGAUGAGCAACUGAAUGACUUGUACCACAAUCACCAGAGAACAGUGAGGGAGAAAGAAAGGCGUUUGGUAGACUGUCAGCGUGAACUGGAGAAGUUGAAUAAAGAAGCGCGACUCCUCAACCAAGAAAAAGCAGAACUGCUGGUGGAGCAGGGUCGUCUACAACUACAGGCAGAUCGCCAUCAAGAGCAUAUCCGAGCCAGAGAUUCAUUAAUUCAGUCUUUGGCAGCACAUCUGGAAUUGGAUGGUUUUGAGCGUGGACCAUUUAAUGAAAGACAAAUUAAAAAUUUUCACGAACUUGUGAGAGAGAGACAGGAAAGAGACGCUAAAACUGCCAGUCAGCUCUUGAAUGACCUUACAGAGAAGGAAACUCUGAAGCAAAGUCAGAUUGAUGAGAUAAGGGACAAGAAGAGUGGACUGGGAGGAAUGAUUGAGCUGAAAACAGAGCUCCUCGCUAAGAAGCAGAGUGAGCUGAGGAACGUGAAGAAUGAGCUGCAGCGGCUGGAGGGCUCGUCCGACAGGAUCCUGGAGCUGGACCAGGAACUCUCAACAGCCGAACGUGAACUAAGCAAGGCUGAGAAAAAUAGCAGCAUAGAAACCCUAAAAGCAGAGGUAAUAAGCCUCCAAAAUGAGAAAGUUGACCUGGACAGGAGCUUGCGGAAGCUGGACCAGGAGAUGGAGCAGUUAAAUCAUCACACAACAACCCGCACGCAGAUGGAGAUGCUGACGAAAGACAAAACUGACAAAGAUGAACAAGUCAGAAAAAUAAAGUCUAGGCACAGUGAUGAACUGACCUCACUGUUGGGGUAUUUUCCUAACAAAAAACAGCUGGAAGACUGGCUUCAUUCUAAAUCCAAAGAAAUCAAUCAGACCAGGGACAGACUUGCCAAGCUGAACAAAGAACUAGCUUCAGCUGAACAGAAUAAAAGCCAUAUAAAUAAUGAGCUGAAGAAAAAGGAAGAACAGUUGUCCAGUUAUGAAGAUAAGCUGUUUGAUGUUUGUGGUAGCCAGGAUUUUGAAAGUGAUUUAGGUAGACUUAAAGAAGAAAUUGAAAAGUCCUCAAAACAGCGAGCCAUGCUGGCUGGAGCCACAGCCGUUUACUCCCAGUUCAUUACUCAGCUGACAGAUGAAAACCAGUCCUGCUGCCCAGUCUGUCAGAGAGUAUUUCAGACAGAGGCUGAAUUACAAGAAGUCAUCAGUGAUUUGCAGUCCAAGCUGAGGCUUGCUCCAGAUAAGCUCAAGUCAACAGAAUCAGAACUGAAAAAAAAAGAACGUCGCCGUGAUGAGAUGCUUGGGCUUGUGCCCAUGAGGCAAAGCAUAAUUGAUUUGAAGGAGAAGGAAAUACCAGAAUUAAGAAACAAGCUGCAGAGUGUCAAUAGAGACAUACAACGCCUAAAGACUGACAUAGAAGAACAGGAAACACUCUUGGGUACAAUAAUGCCUGAAGAAGAAAGUGCUAAAGUAUGCCUGACAGAUGUUACAAUUAUGGAGAGGUUCCAGAUGGAGCUGAAAGAUGUUGAAAGGAAAAUUGCACAGCAGGCAGCAAAGCUGCAGGGGGUAGACUUGGAUCGAACUGUCCAGCAGGUUAACCAGGAAAAACAAGAAAAGCAACACAAACUGGAUACAGUUUCUAGUAAGAUUGAAUUGAACCGUAAGCUUAUACAGGACCAACAGGAGCAAAUUCAACACCUGAAAAGUAAAACAAAUGAGCUGAAAUCAGAGAAACUGCAGAUAUCCACGAAUUUGCAACGUCGUCAGCAAAUGGAGGAGCAGUCUGUGGAAUUAUCUACUGAAGUUCAGUCUUUAUACAGAGAGAUAAAGGAUGCUAAAGAGCAAAUAAAUCCUUUGGAGAUAGCACUGGAAAAGUUCCAACAGGAAAAAGAAGAAUUAAUCCACAGAAAACAAACAAGCAACAAAAUGGCUCAAGAUAAAAUCAAUGAUAUCAAAGAGAAGGUUAAAAAUAUUAAUGGUUACAUGAAAGACAUAGAGAAUUAUAUUCAAGAUGGAAAAGAUGAUUAUAAGAAGCAAAAGGAAACUGAACUUAAUGAAGUUGUUGCUCAACUAAAUGAAUGUGACAAACACAAAGAAAAAGUAAAUAAAGAAAUGGGAACCAUGAGGCAAGAUAUUGACACACAGAAGAUCCAGGAAAGGUGGCUACAGGAUAACCUUACACUAAGAAAAAGAAGAGAGGAGCUAAAAGAAGUUGAAGAAGAAAGAAAACAACAUUUGAAGGAGAUGGGACAAAUGCAAGUUUUACAAAUGAAAAACGAACAUCAGAAGUUGGAAGAGAACAUAGACACUAUAAAAAGAAAUCACAGUUUGGCAUUGGGGCGACAGAAGGGCUAUGAAGAAGAAAUUCUUCACUUUAAGAAGGAACUCCGAGAACCUCAGUUUCGGGAUGCCGAAGAGAAGUAUAGAGAAAUGAUGAUCGUCAUGAGAACCACAGAGCUGGUGAACAAGGACCUGGACAUCUACUACAAGACUCUUGACCAAGCAAUAAUGAAAUUUCACAGUAUGAAAAUGGAAGAAAUCAACAAAAUUAUUCGUGAUCUUUGGCGGAGUACCUAUCGUGGACAAGAUAUUGAAUACAUAGAAAUUCGAUCAGAUGCUGAUGAAAAUGUGUCGGCUUCUGACAAAAGACGGAAUUACAACUACCGAGUGGUGAUGCUAAAGGGGGAUACAGCCUUGGACAUGCGGGGACGAUGCAGUGCUGGACAAAAGGUACUAGCCUCUCUCAUCAUCCGAUUGGCACUGGCGGAAACCUUCUGUCUGAACUGUGGCAUCCUUGCCUUGGAUGAGCCCACCACAAAUCUUGACCGAGAAAACAUUGAAUCUCUUGCACAUGCUUUGGUUGAGAUCAUAAAAAGUCGCUCGCAGCAGCGUAACUUCCAGCUUCUGGUAAUCACUCACGAUGAAGAUUUCGUGGAGCUCUUAGGGCGAUCUGAGUAUGUGGAGAAAUUCUACAGGGUGAGGAAGAACAUGGACCAGUGCUCAGAGAUUGUGACAUGCAACAUUAACUCUCUGGUCUCUUAUGUUCACUAACUUAUUUUGGUAAGGAACUAUGUCUGGAGGGUUUGAGAGGGUAUAAGGUCCUGAGGCUGCGUUGGUUGAAGGCUGAACUGAUGUCCUGAACACAGUCCCUACAGGCCUAGCCACCUCCCAGUUCCGCUCAGCCUUUUUUCCUCCUGCCAAAUGAAGGUCAUCCAAAUGAAUGUCACUUUUCAGAGCAAUGCUGGCUUGGGGGUGGGGGCUGCUGCAUUGGUGACUAUGGUGUGGGCAUUUUUAAAAUGUAUUUUUUUGGGGGUGGGCAUUUUUAAAAUGUAUUUUUUUUGUUGUUGUUGUUGCUUGUUUUUUGUUUUGUUUCUCUGUAUUGUUUUGGAGGCUGUCCUGGAACUCGCUCUGUAGACCAGGCUGGCCUCAAACUCACAGAGAUCCACCUGUCUCUGCCUCCCGAGUGCUGGGAUUAAAGGCAUGUGCCACCAAUGCCUGGCUUAAAAUGUAUUUUCUUUGAAGCUUUGAAGUGAGAUUUAAUAACUAGUUCUGCUUUAACAUGAAUCCAUGCGUAUAACCUGUCUGUCUGCGCCUAGGUCUCCCCAACUAAAGCCAUAGUCACUGAAUGGAGGCUGGCAGUGUGACAAAAGCCCUAGAUAAUCAUUGGAUGGAAUGCCCAGUUCCCUACCCAUGCAGCCUUGCCAGAUAGUUAUCCUGUCCUGUUUGUUAGAGAGGACAUUCCCCACUCCUGACCUGCUCUGCCCAUCAUGCAGAAGCCUGUCACUCUUCUCUGUCAUGUGUAUCCACUUGGCCUGGCCAUCGAUCCCAGUUAGUCUGCACAGCAGGUUCCCAUGCGGAUGGGAAGCUAGGCUCACCUACAACUGGAACCUGCUCCCCAUAACAGACCUGCCAGGGCAAGCCUCAUUUUCAUUCCAAAGGCCAUCCUACUGAAAUCCAGUACAUAUUCCCAUGGACUUGCCAGCUAACGUCUUUUGUGGAUAUUCUGUGUAGACAGGGUCCAUCAAAGUCACAUGCUUGCAGAUGACUCUUCCCAGUUCUGUCACUGAGCUGGUCAGGCCUGCUCUGAGCCGUCUGCAGAUCUGAUGGGCAGCAGCUCUAAACAGGGUCAUUUUCCCCACUCAACCUUUUCCUUCAGAUAUAUAAAACAGAUACAUAAAUCAAAUGCAUACUGAAAAAAUUGAUACAGAAAAUCAGCUUGAAACAAUUCUUUUGUGUAUAUAUAACCUUAUCAUUUAUUAAAGACAAAAGCAGAUAUCUGUGUA